GUGUGGGCUCCAGCCAGGCAGCACUUACCUCAGGCAGCUCCCGGUUGGCACUGCAGCAGCACGAAGGCAGGUGCCCUGCUCUGGCUCUUCACAGCUCCCCGGAAGCGGCCGGCACAAUUCACCUUCUUCCCAAGGCCAACACGCACAGCGAGACCUGCCAGGGACGCAGCGUCACCCCUGUGUACCAACAAGCCAUGGCGGGGGAGGAAGUAGAGAAACUCUCUGAACUCACCACUAGCCACUGCUACUGAUCAAGUAUCUAUUUGUACGGCGUGUGGAGUGGAAGAGGAGGAAUGGCUGACACAGUGGGACAGCCCAGUGGAGGUCUGCACCACUGGAUCUCCAACCUCCUGUGGCUGGCAGAUGAGGGAGACCACAAGGACAUUGUGGCACGCAUCAUGCAGGCAGCCAGGGUCCAGCCAGCUGCUGUGGCCUCCCUCCUAGUCCAGAUCCUCCAGCAGGAUGAGGUGUCUGUCAGGCAGAAGGUGGCGGCAUACGAAGGCCUCAGGACCAUGCUGUUGGAGCAGGGGAUGGAGGCAGGACUCAUCGGCAGCCUCAUUGCUGUGGCCUCCCAGCACAUGAGGGCGGCUCCAGAGGAGGCCUUGAGUGAGCUCCAGGCGGCUGCCAGUGACACCUUGGCUGCCCUCGCUGGCUGCUGCUUCGGCCCGGUGAUGCGGGAGCUCCAGAAACACCUGAGGCCCUUUGUGCUGCCAGCAGAGUUCACCCUCCUCACCCUGGGCAAGGUCAUAGCUGCCAGCGUGUACAGGUGUGUCCCCUUCCUGGGCAUCACCCUGACCACCAUGCAGACCGUGAUGCGAGGGAUAGAUGACAGCAGGAGACGAGGGGCCUUCUGCACUGCCCUGGAGUGCAUGUGUGGGGCAAUCAGCACUUACCUGAGGAGCUGGGAGAGGAGCACCUAUCCACAAAUCACGCUCCAGCGCUUCUCUGCGUACCUGCUUCCCAUGUACCAGCACCUCAUCAGCGUCUGGCUGCCCAGCGAGGACACGGAGGUCAAACUGGCUGUCCUCAAGGCCCUGGGGCCAAUGCUGAACAUCCUGCUGCCCAGGAAGGAUCUGCAAAACCAGAUCUACGGGGACAUCCCCCUGCUCCUGGCCCAGUACAGGGAGAACAUUGAGGCCUUUUACAUAACCAAGGUUCUGGGACAGAUCUUGCAGGCCUCUUCCUCCAACAACCCAAUCCCAGAGGUGCAUGUGGAGGCUCUCUCCCAUACGCUGAGCUACCAGGUCACUUCCAAAGCGCAGAGGCCCUAUCGGCUCUGCAGGGAGAACCACACGGAGAUUUCCCACAUCUUCCUGCAACUCGCCCGUUCCCAUCCCUCAGAGCUGUUGGGGAUUUUCCAUCGAAAACUGGAGAUGGGCAGGGGAGAUACCCGUGUGGGGAUCCUGGCCCUGAUGUCAGAUGUUAUCGGUGCUGAAGUUCCGGGGAUGCCCAGCUGGAAACAUCUGUGCAUCAAAUCAGUGAAAUCAGUUCUUACUGACGGGAGUCCCAGGGUGAGGGUGGCUGUCCUGCAGGCCAUUGGCACGCUGGUCACAGCAGGGUACCUGGAUAAGGUGGAGGGAUGGCCUCUCAACUACAUUGCCCUGCAGCUUGCUGUGUCGGCCAACUCGCUGGAGCGUCCAGUGCGGAGCCUUCCCCUGGGGGGGCUGCUGGAAAAAAUGGUCCAGAAAACCAGCCUGGCCGCGUUAGAAAUAAUCAUUGCCUCGGGCAGGGGGAUCAGCCAGGAGCUGUGGGCACGGCUCCUGGGGUACGUUACCCGCACCCCCUACACUGAUUCCAUGACCCCCCUGUGCCGCUGCCUGAGGAUCCUGGCCGAGAAGCGGCAGCAGCACAGACAAGCAGCCCACGACUGCAGGAAGCCAGUGGCAUCUCCGACUCCCCAGCAGCUGCUGGCCCGGCUGCUGGUGCUGUCAGCAUCCCCCUUCGAGGGAGAAGGACGCGGAGUGGCUGCCCUGCUCCUGCUGAAUGCCCUGCGCCCUGAGCUGUAUGGGGACGAGGCCGAGCAGUGGUGGAUGGAGAUUCCAGCUAUGGUCCAGUAUCUUGACGGACAUAGCAAGUUCUCUCUGGACCAGACCGCGUGGGAGCACAAGCUGUUGGAGUUCCUCCGAAAGACCUUGGAGAGGAGCAAAGAGGGUGGCUGGAGCCAGGAUCUGAGCCAGGAGCUGGGCCAGCAGAUGGGCAGCUAUGCCAGUGGCUCUGUGGAGAAGGCUUUCCUCUGCAAGGUGCUGGGCACAGCCCUGGCCAUGGGCAAGGAUGUGGCUGCAGUGAAAGGGCAGCUCCUGGAGCUGCUGCGCAUGGCCGACUAUCUGAAUGGCACAGAGUUGGAGUGCCUUGGCUCCUGCCUGCAGCUCUGUGCCAGGGACCAGCUGGAUGCCAUCCUGAGAGCUCUCGGCGACUUUGAGGAGGAAAUGGCAGAGGGGGAGGAUUCCUGGCAUCUCAGCCUGUGCAAGGGCCUGGCCCCAUGGGAGAGGGACAGAGUGAAGAGCGCCCUCCUGCUGUUCUACAGCAGUGCAGCAGCCCAGGCACCCCCCCAGCAGCUGCUCCCUCUGCUGGUGGAUGAGAUCGUACCCAAAAUCCUGCACCAUUACAGCACCAGCUCCCAGGCGCUGGGACUAAACGCCAGGCAGAUGGUAACGAGCAGCGAGUAUGAUCCCAGUGUGUCCCCCAGGGCCCAUGCAGCUCGGGCUGGGGCAUCUGCAUGAAUUGCGGGAAGGCUGGGGCUGG